UGCUUUCGGCCGAGUCGGUUGUGUCUCUCGUUCGCUCCCGAAAAAGUGAGGGAAACGCAUUUCGUUUUCCCGUCUCUGUCGCAAGACGCCACCACCAUCAACUUCUGAUGAAAAAAGUCCAAAUUCAUCCAUCUCAAACAAACACUUCAACAUUGGGGAUUACUUGUGUGAUUUGUGCUCUGCGUUUCGAAACGCAUCAACUCGUCUGAAAUUUAGAAACACAAAAGUUGACUUUCAACGGUUUCACGUUUGAAUUUGUGUUAUUUUCGUUUCUCGACGUGGCCAUGUUGUCGCGCAAUCUCGAAUUGUACGCCAACUCCGCCGCAGCAGCCGCGACGACUAACGUCUCGAUGCUACGCGGCGACACGGAUUCAAAAACUCUCACCAACGUCGCAGAACGACCAGUAACGAUGGCGACAGUAGCACCUGCAUCGUCCUCGGGCGUCGCGACGCCUUCCUCUCAGAUGGCGCUAAUGGACUGCGAGACAUUCGGACGGACGUAUCACGUCGGUCACAUUUUGGGUAAAGGAGGAUUCGGUACCGUCUACGCGGGAAAUCGCAUUCGUGACGGGCUUCCCGUCGCCAUCAAACACAUUCACAAGAGCUCCGUCACCACGUGGAGUCAUGUAAACGGUGUCAGAGUUCCAUUGGAAUUUUGCCUUUUGCGGCAAGUGGCUCACGUGCCGGGUGUUGUUCGCCUUUUGGACGCCUGCGACGCUGACGACGUCUUCGUUUUGGUGAUGGAACGAGCUGAAUCAUCUCAGGAUCUGUUUGAUUUCAUCACCGAACGAGGAGCUUUACCUGAACAGGCGGCUAGAAAUUUUUUCCGCCAGGUGGUCGAAGCUGUCGUCCAGUGCCAUCGAGCCGGAGUCAUUCACCGCGAUAUUAAGGAUGAAAACAUUUUAGUGGAUUUAAAAACGCAUUGUCUGAAAUUGAUCGACUUUGGAUCCGGCGACUAUCUCAAGGAUGGCGUCUACACGGAAUUUGACGGUACCCGAGUUUAUUCUCCACCUGAAUGGAUCCGUCACAGACGGUAUCAUGGCCGGCCAGCCACUGUUUGGUCCUUGGGCAUCUUAUUGUACGACAUGGUGUGCGGUGACAUCCCGUUCGAACAAGACGAUCAAAUCGUUCGAGCGACGGUCAAUUUCGUGACUAGAAGUCCCGGACGUCUUCGUCUAUCGCCUCAAUGCGAAGAUUUGAUCCUCCGCUGCCUGGAGUAUCGACCAACUGAUCGGCCGUCGUUAGAACAAAUUCUCGCCCAUCCGUGGAUGACUUCGUCGGAAAUGCUUCCACCUUCCGGCGUCCACGUUUUAACUCAAUCGACAGUCGAUGCGGUUUCCACCGCCACGAUGAUUCCCGUUCCGUGCGUGUCUCCUCCGCCAGCUCCGGCUUCCACACCGUGCAGCCCAAUCGCCAUGUCACUGACGGAAGCUUUGCUGAGCACGACGACGGCCUGUUCGACGACGACGGGCAUUCCCGUGCCUCAGCGAAGAGCGCAUCAUCACGUAGCCAUUAGCAACGGUCUGCCCAGUUCGUUUGGCGGAUCGUUACCUUCAUCUUGUAAUUCCUGUUCGUCUUGUUCGUCGUCCGCCUCCUCCUGCUCCGAUUUGGGUUCAUCGUCCAGCUCUUCGGCCUCGUCUCAGUGUUAUCACCAUCAACAUUACCCACCACCAGUGCGGCCCGGAAUUCUAGCGGCAGCGGCCGCCGCCGCAGCUGUGGCGGGUAGCGCUAAAAGCGGAUCAGUUUCUGCCGCUGCCGCAGGCGAUUUUGCCUUUUAGUUUUUUUUUAAUUUUUGUAAAUAUUUUUGUCUGUAAAAAAAAAUUUAUUCCCGCCCACAGUUUUGUUAUGAUCACAAUAAUGUUUAAUUUUUUUUUUGUUUUUGCGUGUGUGCCAUGCUAGAGCAAAAAAAAAAAAAAAAAUGUAUUUUUGAACAGUUCAUUACUAUUCCUCCUACUUCCGCUGUGUGUCGAGGACUCGCUCUGUCGGGAAAAAGAAAACCCUGGUCACUCGGUUCUAUUCGUGUUGUAAUUUAUUGACGUAGUCAAAAGUGAUUUUUUUUAUUCUACCUUCUUUUGUUAAUGAAGGUUUAUACUUCCCCCUUCUUUAAGAACGCUUCUUUUUUUUAAUUUUCGUGAUUAGAGAAGGAAAAAAAAAGAUGAAAUAAAGCAAAACUGCAAUGCAACUAAUUUAUCAUCAUCAAAAUUUGCUCCGAUGCGGGACAUGAAUACCCCCGCCGCUUUGAGCGUUUUGAAUGAACUCGAUAUAAAUAUUAUAUUAAACAUCCAUUUUAUUGUAUGUGCGUGUGUGUGUGUGAGUGUACAUAGAAUUUCAAUGAUGACGUAAUGCGAUAUAUCAAAAACUAUGCGUGUGUAUCUCUCUAUCCGUCUUUUAGGUAUCAAUUUUCGACAUCUGUCGUAAAUUUUAUUUUUUUUUUUCAAAAAUUAUGAAUAACUUUUUUGGUUCAAUGAAAGAAUUCAGAAACUUUUGUCGAAACGGCGACUCUUGUUUCCAGCCAUUUUUCUUUCGAAUCUUUUUAGGCGUGAAUAAUGUUUUUGAAGGCAUAUUAAUAAUACUACACAUACCAUACAUAUCGUUGCUUUGAUUGACAAUGUCGAGCAUACCCCCCUCUCUCUAUACACCCAAUGACUACCCCUCUUUCCUAUGAAUACAGUAAUUUAUUGGCGUGGUUGAAAUAUAAUGUUCCUUGUUUUCGAUUUUUCGUUUUUUCCUAAGUGCUUGUCUACCAAAUUUUUUUUUUUUUGCUUUCGUGUUUUGUUUUUUUUCACUAAAAUGUGAUGUCUGUCGUCACCGACCAAAAUAAAAAAAAAAAAUAGUACUUUUGCCCCA